GAAAGGUCUUCCGGGUGGUUCUCCGGGUGCCCCGACUUCAAGAAACUCCGAGUCGGGCUACAGCUCCACGCGUGCGUGCGCGAUGCACCAUUCGUAAUCUAACCCAAAUGAGCCCUGCAUCUGUUUCUGCAGACAUGUUCACCCCGCACCCCGCUUGCACAACUCUCGCCCUUUUUCAUACAUUGAGCCUCCUUCGCGGAGUACGCGCACCGGCAGGUUGGCGGCGCGCUCCGCUCAUUAUCCGCUACUAUCCGCCGUCCGGGAGCACGGCGCAUUUCCAGAAGGACAAGCAUGCGUGGUCACUCUUCGGCGCGCACUGCGCUGACGUUGUGCAGAGGUGGUGGCGCGUGUCUCCGUCGUCGUAAAUGCCGACGCAUAGUUUGUCGUGUGCAUAACAUUUGCUGCAAAGCACGAUCACGCCACCUAAUCGUGCACAUUGGACUUGGUGUCAACCUGCUUGAGCGAUCGAGGAUCCGCAUCUUAAAGAGAUACUCAGACUCAAUACUCAAUACUCAACGCCCAGCACCGCAUCCGGGCCCGCGAACCAAAUGCCUAG